CUCUUUACUCUGUUUCUCUCUCUCUCUCUGCUUCUUCUUGUGGAACAACCCUAAUAAUUUUUUAUACAUUUUCAAUAUCUCCUUGGAGAUCAUCUAACUUUCACUCUCUGGCAAUGCAUGAUCUUCGAUCUUGUAGCAGUGUGGAGAGCUGAAAUUCAGAAUCUUUGUUUUCCCCUGAGACUUAAUCUAAUUAGACAAGAAGAAUGCUGGAGACUGUGGAUAGCUCGGGAGUCGUUAAUGGAGGAUUUCGUCAAGUAAAGAGCUUUUGCGGAGACAGCAGCAGCGAAGAGGAGUUAACUGUUCUGCCACGUCAUACGAAAGUGGUGGUGACCGGAAACAACCGAACCAAAUCGGUGCUUGUUGGUCUUCAAGGUGUUGUCAAAAAAGCUGUCGGUCUUGGUGGUUGGCAUUGGCUGGUACUGACAAAUGGAAUAGAAGUAAAGUUGCAGAGGAAUGCACUAAGUGUCCUUGAAGCUCCUACUGGAAAUGAAGUAGACGAUGAUCUUGAUUUCGAAAAUACACUGAGGAAUGGUUCUGAUAUGAUUGUUUCUUUUCCAGCAUCCGAGGACACUCUGAAGCCUCAUAAGUCGAAGCUAAGAAGGCAGAGAUCAUCACGGUCAUCUCUCAAGACCCUGAGCAGGUCUUUAUCAUCUGAGUCACAAUCCAAAAGCUCUGCUUUUACUCCCCCUCAGAACAUGAUGAAGGUUGAUCUAAGCAAACUGGAAAUGCCUGCAUUGCUGAAAUAUUGGCAACAUUUCAACCUCGUGGAUGCAAUUCCAAAUCCAUCAAAGGAGCAACUAAUUGACAUUGUUCAGAGACACUUUAUGUCUCAGCAAAUGGAUGAGCUUCAAGUUAUUAUGGGGUUUGUCCAAGCAGCAAAGAGAAUGAAGAGAGCGUGCAAGUUGCAAUCCAAAGAAGCCAGAAACACCGAUCUUAACUGCAUCAGCUAAAAGAAACAAGCCCUGACUUUUAUAACAGUUCCUGUAAGUACAGUGAUGCCAAACUUGUUUAACCAUUUGUGGCUUGCUGCAGCUAGUCUUAGUUCGUUCUGGAGAUGUUUGGCUAAGGAGUAGAAUGUUGUUUCUUCUUGCUUCUGUUGUUUAGCCGUGUAAAAAAAAAAACAAAUUACCCUGAAACCAAGAAGCAUGACUCUCUAAAGCUCCCAAUUUAAAUUACUAUAUGUUCUGAUACUUGGUUUGUUAGAUUGUAAAUAUGUUUUUAUAUGACU